AUGGGGGACGCAUUUUGUUUAAAGUGGAAUAACCAUCAAACAACACUAGUUUCAGUUUUUGACAAACUUUUUGAAUGUGAGUCAUUGGUGGACUGUACACUUGCUGCAGAAGGUAGACAGUUGAAAGCCCAUAAAGUUGUGUUAUCUGCUUGCAGUCCAUAUCUUGAGGAAUUAAUUAGAAACCAUGAUGACAGACAUCCAAUUAUCAUUUUUAAUAAUAUUCGUUAUGAAGAACUUAAAGCAAUGUUGGAAUAUAUGUACAGAGGGGAAGUUAAUGUUUCACAAGAACAAUUAGAUUCAUUUUUGAAAGUAGCCGAGUCCUUAAAAAUUAAAGGGUUGACUGAUCAAGGUGGUGGACAUAAGAACACUGAAAAAGAAGAACAAAGAACAGGAAAGAAAAGAAGAAGACGCACUUCAAGUGAAUCUACUCAGAGUGAGGAAAAGGAAACGUUGAAACCUGAACCAAAAUCAGAACCCAUUGAUGAAGCUAAUUCUGAACCAAUUGAAGAUCUUACAAUCGAAGAGGAGGAUGAUGAAUAUGGACCUCCAGGACCAGGAACUUCACAGGGCAGCUUUUCGAGUCAAGAUUUCAACAAUUGGCAAGUCAGUGGCGAUAUAACUAAUGAUGAAGUAUUUUUAGCAGCACAGCAAGAAAUUAACAGUCAAGGAAACCCAGCUCCAGGUAUGUAA